AUGUCGAGUUCAGGUGCUCAGGGUGAUGGAAAACUCCUGGGAGCAGAGUCCCUCAGCAAGACUGCAUUCCCACCUAAUGGUGGCAGGCAAAAAAGAAGCACGUCUGAAAAAGACAAUCAACUAAGAAAGAAAUAUGCUACUGUUAAAGAUGUAAGAGUCCAUCUCAACAGGAUAAGUCUCCCUGAACACAUGGAGGAUUCUGGUAAAGCUUCUGCACAAACACAGAAGGAGGAGGAGGAGGAGGAGGAGGGGGGGGGCCUGCGCGCUCCGCGUAACGCUUCUCGCUUCUCCCGCGCAGCCAUCCGUCUGGAGGAGGUAGCAGGAAUCCGGGCGAAGUUUCCAACAAAAAUCCCGGUAAUUGUUGAGAGAUACCAUAGAGAAAAAUACCUUCCUCUCUUGGACAAAACCAAGUUUCUUGUUCCCGAGGAGCUGACCAUGAUGCAGUUCAUAACCAUCAUCAGAAGCAGAAUGGCUCUAGCUGCUACACAAGCUUUCUACCUGCUGGUGAACAACAAAAGCCUAGCCAGUAUGUCCUUGACAAUGGCAGAAGUGUACAGGGACUACAAAGAUGAAGAUGGCUUUGUGUAUAUGACAUAUGCUUCCCAGGAGAUGUUUGGAUGCUUUUUACCCACUGCUCAAGGGAAGACUAUGGAAUGCCUUCAAAAAACUUAA